AUGUCCUCUCAAUGGCCCCCUCAGCAUAAAAAUGAACUUGGCAUCGCCACUCUAUCCCUCGGCAACUGGAGAGAACACACCCUCACCCCACGACUCGAAGCGGCGGCCAAAGCCGGGUACCAAUGGAUUGACCUAUUCGACGAAUGCUGGGCCGCAUACCUAGUCGAACACGGUCUCUCAGCCGAGCAGCUCUGGGAACCCACCGCGGAGAACCUGCGUGUCGCACGGAAAUUGGGCGAUCUGGUCAAGUCUCUCGGCAUGCGGAUCGCAUGUACACAGCCUCUUCGCAUGAUCGAGGGAAUCAAAGACCCUGUUGAGCGACGGACAACUUUGGACCUGGUUGCGAAGCGCUUCCCAUUUAUGCGCGCCUUUGAUACCGAUCUGGUCUUUAUGUGUGCCAGUAUUCGCACCGAUAGUGGCGUUACGUCGGAUCUUAAGGUUGUUGCUAAGGAUCUGGCGGAGCUGGGUGAUAUGGCGGCAGCGUAUGCGAAAGCAGAUGGUGGAAGGAUGUUGAAGAUUGGAUAUGAGGGACUGUCAUGGGCGACAAGGAAUACUUGGUCCUCGUCAUGGGAGGUUGUGCGAUUUGCGAAUCGGUCAAACGUCGGUUUGAUUGUCGAUGCGUUCAAUAUUCUUGCUGUCGAGUUUGCGGAUCCGUAUAAUCCUGCGGGCCAUGGGCGUAUUUACCCAACCUUGGAGGAAUCUUUGGAAGUUCUGACUGGGUCGCUCGCAUCUUUGGCGACGACCGUUCCUGGGGAUCGGAUCUUCUUCUUCCAGUGUGGAGAUGCCGAGCUGAUGAACCCGUCGACGUUUUUCCCUCCUGAAGAUCCAACGAUACCGGCACUUCUGCCCUGGUCUCGAAGCCAUCGACUUUACCCGCUUGAACAAUCGCGUGGCGGAUAUAUGCCUGUUGAGCUUGUGACUGCCGCUGUGUUAGCUACGGGAUAUACAGGACCCAUUUCCCUGGAGGUCUUCAAUGCGUCUCUGAACAAGCCUGGGGAUGAUGUUGCCAUCACUCAUGCUGUUCGGGGUAUUGACAGUCUAAAGAAAGUGUUUGAUGUGGCAAUCAAGCUUGCUCCAUUUUGGAAGAACGAAGCCCAUGUCCAGCAAGCCAUUGGUCAAGUUAUCCAGCGAUUACGAACGACGAGCCAUCGGUUAUGA